GGCCAACGUCAUGACGCAGUGCUCUUUCAGUCGCUUCCCGGGCUGAGGAGGGUCACGUGAGCCGGUUUUCGCGCGAAAACUGGUUGUCGCUGGAGUGGCGGCGGGGAGCGCGGCGCUGCGAUGGCGGAAUCAUCUGAGUCUUUCACUGUGGCAUCCAGCCCAGCCCGGCGACUGCGAGGUGAUCCUCUCACCUCCAGCCCUGGGCGAAGCUCCCGUCGCACGGAUGCCCUAACCUCCAGCCCUGGCCGUGAUCUUCCCCCCUUUGAGGAUGAGUCUGAGGGCCUUCUAGGUACAGAGGGACCCCUGGAUGAAGAGGAAGAAGAUGGAGAGGAGCUUAUUGGAGAUGGCAUGGAGAGGGACUAUCGUGCCAUCCCGGAACUGGAUGUCUACGAGGCCGAGGGCCUGGCCCUGGACGAUGAGGACGUCGAGGAGCUGACAGCCAGUCAGAGAGAGGCAGCAGAACGGGCCAUGCGGCAGCGUGACCGAGAGGCCGGUCGGGGCCUGGGCCGCAUGCGCCGCGGACUCCUGUACGACAGUGAUGAGGAGGACGAGGAGCGCCCCUCCAGGAAACGCCGCCAGGUAGAGCGGGCCACGGAGGACGGCGAGGAGGACGAAGACAUGAUCGAGAGCAUUGAGAACCUGGAGGACCUCAAGGGCCACUCCGUGCGUGAGUGGGUGAGCAUGGCAGGCCCACGCCUGGAGAUCCACCACCGCUUUAAGAACUUCCUGCGCACCCACGUGGAUGGCCACGGCCACAACGUCUUCAAGGAGCGCAUCAGUGACAUGUGUAAAGAGAACCGCGAGAGCCUGGUGGUGAACUACGAGGACCUGGCGGCCCGGGAGCACGUCCUGGCCUACUUCCUGCCAGAGGCGCCAGCAGAGCUGCUGCAGAUCUUCGACGAGGCCGCGCUGGAGGUCGUGCUGGCCAUGUACCCGAAGUACGACCGCAUUGCCAGCCACAUCCACGUGCGCAUCUCCCACCUGCCCCUGGUAGAGGAGCUGCGCUCGCUGAGGCAGCUGCAUCUGAACCAGCUGAUCCGCACCAGCGGGGUGGUGACCAGCUGCACGGGCGUCCUGCCCCAGCUCAGCAUGGUCAAGUACAACUGCAACAAGUGUAACUUCGUGCUGGGGCCCUUCUGUCAGUCCCAGAACCAGGAGGUGAAGCCAGGCUCCUGCCCCGAGUGCCAGUCGGCUGGCCCCUUUGAAGUCAACAUGGAAGAGACCAUCUAUCAGAACUACCAGCGCAUCCGAAUUCAGGAGAGUCCCGGCAAAGUGGCGGCUGGCCGUCUGCCUCGCUCCAAGGAUGCUAUCCUCCUCGCCGAUCUGGUGGACAGCUGCAAGCCAGGAGAUGAGAUAGAGCUGACUGGCAUCUACCACAACAACUACGAUGGCUCCCUCAACACGGCCAACGGCUUCCCUGUCUUUGCCACUGUGAUCUUAGCCAACCAUGUAGCCAAGAAGGACAACAAGGUCGCCGUGGGGGAACUGACAGACGAAGACGUGAAGAUGAUCACCAGUCUCUCCAAGGACCAGCAGAUUGGGGAGAAGAUCUUUGCCAGUAUUGCUCCUUCCAUUUACGGACACGAAGACAUCAAGAGAGGCCUGGCACUGGCUCUGUUCGGAGGGGAGCCCAAAAACCCAGGGGGUAAGCACAAGGUGCGAGGCGACAUCAACGUACUCUUGUGUGGAGAUCCUGGCACAGCCAAGUCUCAGUUCCUCAAAUAUGUGGAGAAAGUGUCUAGCCGCUCCAUCUUCACCACUGGCCAGGGGGCUUCAGCCGUGGGCCUCACGGCGUACGUCCAGCGGCACCCUGUCAGCAGGGAGUGGACCUUAGAGGCAGGAGCCCUGGUUUUGGCAGACCGAGGAGUGUGUCUUAUCGAUGAAUUUGACAAGAUGAAUGACCAGGACAGAACCAGCAUCCACGAGGCCAUGGAGCAGCAGAGCAUCUCCAUCUCCAAGGCCGGCAUCGUCACCUCCCUGCAGGCUCGCUGCACCAUCAUUGCCGCGGCCAACCCCAUAGGAGGCCGCUAUGACCCCUCACUUACCUUCUCAGAAAACGUGGACCUCACGGAGCCUAUCAUUUCCCGCUUCGACGUCCUGUGUGUGGUGAGGGACACGGUGGACCCAGUUCAGGAUGAGAUGCUGGCCCGUUUUGUGGUUGGCAGCCACAUGAGACACCACCCCAGCAACAAGGAGGAGGGGCCGGGCGGCAGUGGCACCCAGGAACCUGCCAUGCCUAACACAUACGGUGUGGAGCCCCUGCCGCAGGAAGUCCUGAAGAAGUACAUCAUCUAUGCUAAGGAGAGGGUCCACCCGAAGCUCAACCAGAUGGACCAGGACAAGGUGGCCAAGAUGUACAGUGACCUGAGGAAAGAGUCCAUGGCCACAGGCAGCAUCCCUAUCACGGUGAGGCACAUCGAGUCCAUGAUCCGCAUGGCAGAGGCCCACGCGCGCAUGCACCUGCGUGACUACGUGAUCGAGGAUGACGUCAGCAUGGCCAUCCGCGUGAUGCUGGAGAGCUUCAUCGACACGCAGAAGUUCAGCGUCAUGCGCAGCAUGAGGAAGACUUUUGCCCGUUACCUUUCAUUCCGGCGCGAUAACAAUGAGCUGCUGCUCUUCAUACUGAAGCAGUUAGUGGCAGAACAGGUGACAUACCAACGCAACCGCUUCGGGGCCCAGCAGGACACUAUUGAAGUGCCUGAGAAGGACUUGGUGGACAAGGCUCGCCAGAUCCACAUCCACAACCUGUCUGCUUUUUACGACAGCGAGCUCUUCAGGACGCACAGGUUCAGCCGUGACCCGACCCGGAAGGUGAUCCUUCAGCACUUCUGAGGCUCGGGCCGUCCACGGUAGCUCGCCGACGUCCUGGCGGGGCUGGCUCCACACGCUGGCAGGUGCACAGCCCUACCACUGAGGGACUCCGGGAGCGCGUGUGCGGCCCCGCGGCUGAACCAUCCGGCUCCACCCACCGUCUACCGGGCUCAGGCUGGGCCGGGAACGAAGGCUCUUCGUUUCUUUGGCUCCACUGUCUGCUCCUCACGUCAUCUUGGGUGGGCACGCGUUGCCAGUGUUCCUCUUCACCUGCUUGGCAGCCCGCUGCCUACAGGAGGUUUGUCUUCACUUUGUUCCUUGGACUAGAGUCCCUGGUGUUCAGGGUACCGCGGUCCGUUUUAGGUGACCGAGCAUAUGAGGGUGUUACGAGAACUUGUUGCCCUCUUGGUGUGAGUUCCGGUCCUGGAUGCGUCUACCGCUUUGGCCAAAGAGCAAGUUCAAGGUGUUCGUAGUGUUUUUCUGAAAUCUGUCCUGCAGGUUUCCCUGGGCUUCUGUGAGUAGAGAAAAUGCGGGCAGAAGAGCACACAACAUGUGGCCCAGCGCCUUCCCCACUCCCCAGCUUCCCCCCAGGCCAGGGAUUGCUGUGGUAGCCAGACAGGAAUGAGACUUACCCUGGUAACGAUGGUGCCUAGCCAGGACUGGCCAUCACCAUUGCCGUGCUCAUUUGUUUUCUCCUACUAGCCAUUCCCCAUUCUCUCGUUGUACAUUCAAUUUUUGUUUCUGUAGUUUUUAUUUUCAAUAAAAUAAGAUCUACAAUAGUGA